AAUGGGCGGGGAGAUGAGAGGCUGCUGCUGCUUUGAGCAAGACCAUUAGUGCGAAGAGGAGCUGCCUCUCUUCACUGUCCCACACACAGUCACUGACAAGUUACAACUGCUCUCAGCUGCCUCACUCCAGCAUGGGACGACCAGGCACCCAGUACUAACUCAACAGAGAGGACGAUAAUCUAAACCCAGAGAAUUCACCUGCCCAGCCUGUUCAAGUACAGCCAGGAACCCAGUUAGAAGUGAACUGCUGAAGUGGGAUCUACAAUGGUUUGUUUUACACAAAUUCUUCCCCUUGUUGGAAGCUGAGAACAUCGAGGGCUGACAGAUAUUCACAUUGCAGCUACUGAAAAGUCUUCUAAACAUAGAUUUGGGAACUGCUUCACGGCUCCCCCCCAGUUUGAACCAUGCUGAAGCUCACCGUCUGCGUUUUCCUGCUGAUCAGACUAGCAGGAGCCGAGAAGACUCGCACUGGAGCCGACGCCGACAAGCUCACAGAGACCGGCGAGCCCAACCGUCGCAACGCCCGAUCCCCAGACAGCGCGCCAGCCAGCAAAUGCACCUACACCUUCAUCGUCCCCCAGCAGCGGCUGACUGGCCCCAUCUGCCUGAGCACCAAGACCGCAGCGAGCGGGAAUGACAGCGUGAACAAGAGCGAGCUGCAGGCCAUGCGGGGUCAGAUGCGCGAGCAGCAGCAGCAGAUCGAAGACCUCAGGCAGAUGGUGGAGCUGGACGGAGGCGUGAUCGAGGAGGUCAAGGCCCUGCGGAAGGGAAGCCGCAACAUGAAUUCCAGGGUGUCCCAGCUCUAUGCCCAGUUGCUGCACGAGAUUAUCCAGAAGAAGGACGACUCCCUGGAGAUCUCCAGGCUGGAGAACAAAGUGCUCAACGUCACGGCUGAAGUGCUGAGGCUGUCCAUCAGAUACAAGGACCUGGAGCGCAAGUGCACGGCCCUCACCACCCUCGUCAACAACCAGAGCCGCACCAUUUCUCAGCUGGAGAAGCACUGCAGACAGGCGGCGCCUGGGCACGAUCAGCAGGUCCAACAGGAGUCAGGACAGACAUCUCUUGGCACCAUAGCCAACAAUCUGAAUGGCAGCACCAAUAAGAGCAAUAGUCUGGUCUCUGGCAAUGAAAUAUUGAGAGACCAGAUAUACAGCAUGACACAGGAUAGACUGAAGAGAAGGGAACAGUCACCUCCUACUGUAGUUCCAAUUGUGACAACUACCAAGUCAUCAGGUCCCUGGAAAGACUGUCUGCAUGUUAUGGGGGAAGACCACAGAUCCAACGGAAUUUACCUGAUUAAACCUCAAAACACCAACCGACUGAUGCAGGUGUGGUGUGAACAGCAGAGGGAAGCUGGUGGCUGGACAGUCAUCCAGAGGCGCCAAGACGGGUCGGUCAAUUUUUUCCGGAAUUGGGAGAAUUACAAGCAAGGCUUUGGGAACAUAGAUGGUGAGUACUGGCUAGGCUUGGAGAACAUCUACUGGCUGACAAAUCAGGACGACUACAAACUUCUCAUCCUCAUGGAAGACUGGCAAGGGAGGACAGUGUUUGCCGAGUACGAUAACUUCUAUCUGGAACCGGAGAGGGACUUCUACAGGCUGCGACUGGGCCAAUAUCGUGGGAAUGCAGGAGACUCCUUAUCGUGGCACAGUAACAAACAAUUCACUGCACUGGACAGAGACCGGGACCAGUAUUCAGGUAACUGUGCCCACUAUCAGAAAGGAGGAUGGUGGUACCACACCUGUGCCCACUCAAACCUGAAUGGAGUAUGGUACAAAGGAGGGCACUAUCGUAGCAAGUAUCAAGAUGGCGUUUACUGGGCUGAAUUCCGUGGAGGAGCCUACUCCCUGAAGAGAGUCAUGAUGAUGAUACGUCAAAGCUAGACAUUUAUGUAAUAUAAUCACUACUUGAUCACAAUCAUAUAUGGACUACAAUCAAUAACAAUAUUGUUAGAAUGUAUUAGGAGUUAACAGAAGAUGCAGACAACAGAACUACCUACUUAAAGCAUUAUCUUUUAGCAAUAACCAUGUAGAUCUAGAGCUAAGGGAAUAUCCUCUCAUAGGCUGAAUAUUCCAGUGGUCUAUAGAUAGAUAGAUAGAUACAUAUACUUUAUUGAUCCCGAGGGAAAUUGGGUUUCCUUACAGCUGCACCAACCAAGAAUAGAGCAUAAAUAUAGCAAUACAAAAACCACUAACAAUCAAACAACAAAAUGCAAACUAUACCAGAUGAAAAAGUCCAGGACCAGUCUAUUGGCUCAGGGUGUCUGACCCUCCAUGGGAGGAGCUGCAAGUUCAAUGGCCACAGGCAGGAACGACCUCCCGUGCCGCCCAGUGUUGUAUCUCGGUGGAAAAUGGCUGAAGUCCAACAGUAAAAAGUUCAAUAUCCGGUCUACAAACACGUUCCUCGAUCGUAAUAUGACCUGGAUCGCACCACCUGUUGUUAACCAGAACAGUAAGCACCCAACUCCUUUACGCUUCAGUGCUGUUGGCUCUUUGAGGCUCAUGCCUUUGACUUACAAACCUAUUUUUGUUGCAACAAAUAGCGUGCACAGGAACGCAAUGUGCCAAGCUCCACCCACUGAACUAAUGGUUUUCUAGGAUCACAUUCCUUCCAUGUCUGAAAGGAGGGCUAUUAAAGUAGUAAAGCAGUUUUAAAAUAUUUUUUCUAUAGUCCUGCUUCAGUGAACCAAUUGUUAACACUGGGAGAAGAGACAGCCAUCUUGAAAGUGUCAGGAAAUAAAAUCCAAACAAGUCUGAUUUAGCACAAGGGAUUCUGCAGACGCUGGAAAUCCAGAGAGGCACACACAAAAUGCUGGAGGAGCUCAACAGGUCAGGCAGCUUCUACGGAAAUGAAUAAAAAGUUAACAUUUCAGGCUGAGACACUUCAUCAGGAUUAGCUCCAUGCUCCUAACCAAAGCAGAUAAGGGACAACACAAUUAUUGGAUGUGGUCGGACCAUCAGAAGAGAGAUUGUCAAAGACAGAGAGUGGAGCUGGUGAACGCAUUUAACAUGGUAGACCAAAGUGUUUCCAGCAUAACAGCUAACAGCAUCAUUAACACAGAGCACCGACUAUGCAGUUGGAAUUCAGAAGUAUUACAUGAUUAGUUUUCAACUCUAUACUUCGGGAUUGUUCUAAAACAGUCACAUCAUCAUUACGGGAAUUAAGCUGUGACACAUGGAAAUCUGUAACCAGAAGUCCCAGCAGGAAAGGCUCAUACCAUAAACAGCAACAGAAAUGGAUUGGGAUGGUUACCGAGGUUGACGAAAUGAAUUAGGGAUUGAUACCCAUUUGGGACUUGUGUUGGCAAACUAUCAUUACCUUGGUGUGGGUUCUGGUAAAACAUUAGAACUAGUACAGCUUUUUAAGUUUGCUUCAUAUUGCUCAAAAAGCAUGCAGUGGAAUGGCUCAAACUGGUAUUGGUUUGUUAUUGCAAUAUAUACUAAAAUAGAG